GAAAUUUAGCCCAACCCGACUAGUAUGCAAAUUUUUUUUAUCCCGGAUCAUGAAAGACCCAAAGCCGGAGUUCCCUCGCUUUUCUGUCCACGCUAAGUCACCAGUGACUGGUACAACCUGCUUACUCUCCUGUAACUUCUUACACUUUCUCCCUCUUCCUCCAUAACCACCUAGUUCAAAGCUGCAACAUCCGUUGAUCAAAAUACUCAUUAUUUAAUCCCUAUUAUUCUUGGAAAUUCAACCAGUUCUAUCAAUUUGGGGUACUGCGUACAUACUACAGUCCACAAAUUUUAAAGGUUUGAUGUGACCAAGUGAGAAAAUGAAUGCUCGAGCAAGUGAGCUCUUUGGUCCGGGGUCUAAAGAAAAGCACCAUUCUUUAUUGAAAAUUGAGAGCCAGAAAAAUUCUUGUUUAAUAUGCCACAAACGUGGUGAUGUUUUGGUUUGCAGUAAUUGGGACUGUCCCAUUGUUGCUCAUGAGAGCUGCAUGCCCGUUGCUGCUCACUUUGAUGACGCUGGGUGCUUUCAUUGUCCAUAUUGCUUAUAUAAACAAUUUCUUGUUGAAUGUCACCAAGCAAAGGAAAAGGCCACGUUGGCCAACAGGGUUCUUGUAAGUUUUCUGAAAACGAGGACUAGGAAUGAUGCUGGCCUUUUGAAAAGUUCUAAAAGUUUGAAGAGGAAAAAACCAGAUGCGCCAACAAUUAGUAAGGCAAAGGAUGAUCCUAUUAGGAAUAAAGUGGAAUGCAAAGGAGUUCGUCAAUCAUUGCAAGUGGGAUAUGUUCAUCAAGAUACAAAUUGUAUUCUUGAGACACACUCCGGUAAUCCUACAAGGGAAGAUAUUGAGUCAGUGAAACAGGACAAAAUGGGAAACCCAAUCAAAGAGAAUCAGAGAACUUCAAAUCCAGGGGAGCAUUAUUACAAUGGAAAAGUAGGAAGGGGGAAGGCACAGGAAGAGUCUCGAGAGGGUUAUGUUUGCUUGACAAAGGAAAAUGCGACAGGAAUAACUGAACAAUUGGAUGAGGUGAAGGAUAGUGCAAUUCUAGAUGACUGCUUUCCUAGAGGUGAAAUGGUCGAAAAUGCAGAGAAUGCUGAUCAACCUGCUGAAGUUGGAACAGAUUGCUAUGAAGAUGCAGAUGGAAUGAAAAACCAGGGAGAGGCACUACAAGAUGCUGUGCGUCCUGCAAAGGAAAACAUUGUUGGAGUGAGACAUUACUCAGGGAGUUUGACAAGGAAUCCGGAGUCAGCUCGUGACAAUCCAGAAACUAAAAAGACACUGGAACAAUAUGAUGACGAAUUGGUAAAAAUUGAGCAGACACACACAGAGCUUCUAAGCACCAAAGAUGAUGACAAAAAGGAGAUAGCUGAAGAAUCUGGUAUUGAAAACCACAAUUCAUUUCGAGAUGGAUGUUUCAUAAGAAGUGAAAUAGUUAAAGAUAGAAAGGAUGUUGAUCGAAUUGCUUUUGUUGGAGAAGAUCAUUUUGGAAUGACAGAUGAAGGGAAAACAUGGGUGAAGUCAAUCAAAAAGGAACCCCAUGUUAAUGGAAGUGCAUCACAUGAAGAAUUUGGCUCUGCAGAUGACAGUGAAUCAUGUAAUAUCGAUUACCUGGAGCAUGGACUUCGUGCAGGCCAGAAAAGGGAAUUGAAAAAGGUUUUGAAGAAUGAUAUACAGCAUAAUGAAAAUUCUGGAUAUGAUGAAAAUAAAAUUAAAGAAUAUCAACUUGGUAAAUCAAGACCCAAAGUGGAGUCCAUAAAACAAAUCCAGCGGUCAACUAUUUUGCCUGUUGAGAGACGUAGGAAACUACCAUGGACAGUACAGGAAGUAACAAUGCUAAAGCUAACCCUGAGGCAUGUGAGAAUUUUUGGAAAGCUGCACUCAUGUGAUCAAGGGAACUCUUGUCAGCUCUACAGAACAUCAGUAAAUCAUCUGCAAACAUCAGAUGAGUAAUGUUCAAUCUCUCACACUUAGGGUGGAAAUUGAAAUCAGGGCUAUUUUUUAAUUCAUCCAAACACCUACUCAAGUACUCCAUGCUCAAUGCAAAAAGAAAAGGAGACAUUGGGUCUCCUUGUCUUAGCCCCUUCCUUGCUUGAAAUGGUUGUGUAGGAAUACCAUUCACCAGCACACUAAGACACUGUAGAGACACACUCCUUAAUCCAGCCAACAAACCUACUAGGGAAACCAAAUUCAUGCAACAAAGUUUCUAGAAAUGACCAUUCUACUGAGUCAUAAGCCUUUCUGAUGUCCACCUUCAUAAUGCACCUAGGAGACAUGUGUUUCCUAGUAUAACCUCUUAUGAGCUCUGUAGCAAGAAGGAUGUUAUCAGCUAUGUGCCUACUAGGAAUAAACCCUGAUUGAGCCUCAUUAACCACCUCACCAAUUACUCCCUUCAUCCUGUUGGUCAGCACUUUAGAGAUAAUUUUGUAGAUCACUGUGCAGCAAGCAAUAGGCCUGAAAUCUUUUACUCUUGUUGCAUGCUGGACCUUGGGCAAUAGAGUAACAACUGUACAGUUCACAGGACUUUGCAUUCUAUUGUUGUUAAAGAAUUCCUGGAUUCCUGCAUACAUGUCAUGUUUAAUGUUCUCCCAGCUUUUCUUGAAGAAAUAGGCAUUAAACCCAUCCAAUCCUGGAGCCUUAUCAUUCCGAUUACCAGCCAAUGCCUCAUCAAUUUCAAUAAUAGUAACCUCUCUCAGUAAGGAUUCUUUUGCAUGGGUAGAUAAACAUUUACCCCCCCUCACAGUAUUCAGAUCCACUCCCAGCAGAGUAGAAGCUCUUGUCCCCAGCAACUUCUUAUAAAAAUCAAUUAUUUCCCCCUUUACUUCUUCAGCUUCCUUAAUUAAUCUCCCAUCAUCAGUAGUUAACAUAUCAAUUCUAUUAUGUGCAUUUCUGGCUUUAACAGCAGUAAAGAACAGCUUAGAGUUUGAAUCUCCCUGCUGAAUCCAGUUAAUUCUGGAUUUUUGCGGAAGAAUACUCUCCUCAAUGUGAGACCAAUGUCUCAAAUCAUUCAUUAGACCUUUUGCUUCUGCCUGCACUGUAGCAUUCUGAUCAAAAUCACCCUGACUCUGCAUUUCCUGAAGCUGGUGCCUUAAAGUCUCCACUUUCUCAUGAGCCAGCCCUACCUUCUGAGUCUUCAUUUGCUUCAACUCUCUCUUGACAGCUUUGAGCUUCAACCAUACUGACUGAAGCUUGUAUCUACCAUUUACAGAGUUCCAAGCUUUCUCCACAGUCUCUAAAAACUCAUCUUGCUCAGCCAUUACAUUCAUGAACUUAAAAGGUUUCCCCCCUUUGUUUGGUUUC